AUGUCUUCCCAAACGAAAGUCGUCUUCCCGCCGCCCCCUCCUACGACCAACUCCUUGACAGCCCAGCAGAGGAGCCAGCUCUUGCGUAAGACCAAGAAGAUUGAGCAGAUCCUGGGUGCUGCUCCCCAUUUGCUCGAUACGGCGAGCACCGAUGUACCGACACCAGUGCACGUCUCCUUCCCAGCACAACGACCCGCCUCCUACUCGCACCACAAGACCCGCUCAUCGAUAGACUCCUUCGCUUCCAUCUCCUCCGCAUCCUCUUCUUCCGUCUUCAGCAGCACAACGGCUUCGACUGGGUCUGCCAGCCUUAGCAGGAGCUCGUCGCUAUCGUCACCUUCCCGACAGGGAUCGACACUGCGAAAACCGAAUCCAGCACCCCGCCAAACACUCCCAUCCGCGCCAUCCUAUGAGGACUGGUCGGCUAGCAAGCCACCUUUCCUCCUCCUCUCCCACCCCCAAUCUCCUAUCGACGUCAGCCCCUUGAACCACAGCGACAAACCCAACCGAUACACCUUGACUCCCUCCAUCCCCAAGACCGCCAAACAGGCCCUCCCUCCAACGAUGAACUUCAAUUCCAUGGGCAGCACACGGAAGAGCAAGAUGGAUCGGAUACGAAGGAAGCUCGGGCACGAGGUGCCGAUUGAGCUGGUGUUCCCGACGUCCAGCGACAGCGACGAGAGCGAUUCGACCGCGUCGCCUGCCUCGCCUUCCGCAGACAGCAUCGCCGCGUUCGUCUUCCCUCCGCCGCCUGUACCCCGUACCAAGAAGACUCCCGGCACCAUCUCCGGAGCACGAGACUCCCUGACGGAGGAAACCAUCCACCACGCCAAACGAAACCAGCCACUUCCUCCCCUCCCACCACCGCGCUCUUCGAGAACGAACAAGGGCAAAUUGGUGGCGAUCAUCGAGAGUCCGGAGGAGCACGGUUCGGGGUGCUCGGAGGAGUUUGGUCUGGGUCGCUCGUCGACAUCGAGUCGACCGUUCGACGACCUCGAUGCUGCAGAGAUCAAGCUCUGGAGCACGAGGAGUGGGUACGAAGGUUGGGCACCGCCGGUUGCAAAGAAAGAUAGGCGGUCUUGGGGCUACCGCAAACCCAUCCCUGCCAUGGAGCUCGAAGCCUGAGGAAAGGCUUGAUGCUUUCCUGGUCAUUUCUUCUUCAUACACCAAUCGUCGCGACUAGGUCGCUGGGGUCUGCGAUCCGUUUCGUUUCUUCUUCCUGCGUGCUAGCGCGCCUCUUUUUUUUAGCACAGUCCAACAGAGACUUUAUUGGCGUAUACCACUGUACUUGUAGCACCAAAUCGCGCAGGGCGAGGUUGUAAUAUUUGUAGUUUGGGUCAAUCUGCACGCAUAUAUCCGGGA